CGCAGGACUGCCUUGUUGGGUAUGGACACCUCUUCCCAUACAUGGAGGAUCAGACCAGCUAGAGAAGUCCCCAAACCACAGGAUUGCUGAGGAGCUUCUAAGACAAGGCGGGCAGCUGCCUUUGGCCACAUAGCCAUGCCAUUUGGGCUGAAACUUCGCCGGACACGGCGCUACAAUGUCUUAAGCAAGAACUGCUUUGUCACUCGGAUCCGCCUGUUAGACAGCAACGUGAUAGAGUGUACGCUGUCAGUGGAGAGCACAGGGCAAGAGUGUCUGGAAGCUGUGGCUCAGAGGCUGGAACUCCGAGAGACACACUAUUUUGGCCUCUGGUUUCUUAGCAAGAGCCAGCAAGCACGAUGGGUGGAGCUGGAAAAACCUCUGAAGAAGCAGCUGGACAAAUUCGCCAACGAGCCUUUGCUUUUUUUUGGAGUCAUGUUCUAUGUGCCAAAUGUGUCACAGCUUCAGCAGGAGGCCACAAGGUAUCAGUAUUACCUACAAGUCAAAAAAGAUGUCCUGGAUGGACGCUUGCGAUCCACCCUGGAACAGGGGAUCCGACUAGCUGGCUUAGCUGUACAAGCUGAUUUUGGGGACUACAGUCAAUUUGAAUCUCAAGAUUUCCUCCGAGAAUAUGUGUUAUUUCCUAUGGACUUGGCAUUGGAAGAAGCUGUCCUGGAGGAAUUGACCCAGAAAGUGGCCCAGGAACAUAAAGCACACAGUGGAAUCCUGCCAGCGGAAGCUGAACUCAUGUAUAUCAAUGAAGUGGAACGUUUAGAUGGGUUUGGACAGGAAAGCUUCCCUGUGAAGGAUAAUCAUGGAAACAAUGUGCACCUGGGUGUUUUCUUCAUGGGAAUUUUUGUGAGGAACAGAAUUGGAAGGCAACUAUCAAUACACAGGUGGAAUGAUAUUGGCAAUAUCACGCAUAACAAGUCUACCAUUCUAUUGGAACUAAUCAAUAAAGAAGAGACUGCUCUCUUUCACACAGAUGAUAUUGAAAAUGCUAAAUAUAUUUCUCGGUUGUUUGCUACAAGACACAAGUUUUACAAGCAGAACAAAAUUUGUACUGAACAGUCAAGUUCUCCUCCUCCCAUCAGACGACAACCUACUUGGAGUCGGUCAUCACUGCCAAGACAACAGCCAUAUAUUUUGCCUCCUAUGCAUGUCCAAUGUGGAGAACACUACACUGAAACUCACACUUCCCAAGACAGCAUUUUCCACGGGAAUGAAGAAGCCUUCUACUGCAGAUCCCAGACCAGCCUGGACCGGUGUGCAAUGGACUUAAGUUACUUAAACGGUACUGUUACAAACGGCAGUGUCUGCAGUGCCCACAGUGGGAACUCCCUCAAUUGCUCCCAGAACUUCAUCCAGGCUUCUCCGGUGUCUUCCAACCUCAGCAUCCCAGGGAGCGACAUCAUGCGGGCCGACUACAUCCCGAGCCACCGCCACAGUGCCAUCAUCGUCCCCUCGUACCGGCCGACCCCCGACUACGAAACGGUGAUGCGCCAGAUGAAGCGGGGCGUGAUGGCGGUGGACAGCCAGAGCCAGUCUCUCAGGAAUCUCAACAUCGGCAACACUCACGCGUACAACCAGCCGGAGGACCUGGUUUACAGCCAGCCCGAGAUAAGGGAGCGACAUCCUUACACCGUUCCCUACGUGCCGCACGGAGGCUACAACAAGCCCGUGGGCCGAGCUGACCAGAUCAAGCCAGGUGGUAAGACUGUGCACGGGAAGAAGGUCCCCAGCGCCAUCUCCCACACGGUGAGCACCCCGGAGCUGGCCAACAUGCAGCUGCAAAACAGCCACAGUUACAACACCGCUCACAUGCUCAAGAAUUACCUCUUCCGGCCUCCGCCCCCCUACCCGCGCCCGCGCCCCGCCACCAGCACGCCCGACCUUGCCAGCCACCGCCACAGGUACGUCAGCGGGAGCAGCCCCGACCUGGUCACCCGCAAGGUCCAGCUGUCCGUGAAGACUUUCCAGGAGGACAGCUCACCGGUCGUCCACCAGUCUCUCCAAGAGGUCAGCGAGCCCCUGACGGCCAACAAGCGCCAUUCCGCCGUCAAUAAGCGCCAUAGCCUGGAAGUCAUCAGCAACAUGGUGCGGGGGAUCGAAGCCAUGGCCCUCAAGACGCUCAACGCCCCGAUACCGCGCCGAAACACCCUUCGUGAGCAGGUGCCGCCGGAGGAAGUGCCGAUGAGUCACGACCAUCUGCCCCCCACCCACUACCAUCACAAGAAGACCUCCUCCGACGCCACGAUGCUCAUCCACAGUAGCGAGAGCGAAGAGGAAGAAGAGGCUCCCGAGACAGUUCCCCGGAUCCCUGCCCUCCGAGAGAACGUGAGGUACAGCGCCCAGCUGCAGGCCGCGCUGGCCCGAAUUCCCAACAAGCCACCUCCCGAAUAUCCAGGCCCGAGGAAGAGUAUCAGCAACGGGGCCUUGAGGCAAGAUCAAGUGAGCAUGUCCGCAGCCACGGCAAGAAGCAGGGUCAUGAGGCCGGGGCCCGCCAAAGCCAUCAGCGUGUCUCGCCCAGACCAGCUCACCAUCAAUGGAUCUUCUCUCGGCCCCUCGAUCUCAGAACCUGACCUCACAAGUGUGAAGGAACGGGUCAAGAAGGAACCGGUGAAGGAGAGGCCUGUUUCUGAAAUGUUUUCUCUAGAGGACAGCAUUAUCGAAAGAGAAAUGAUGAUCAGGAAUCUAGAGAAGCAGAAGAUGGAGGCUCAGAAGAGACCACUCAUGUUGGCAGCAUUGAAUGGACUCUCAGUGGCCCGGGUACCAGGGCGUGAAAUUAGCCACGAUGAUGCAUCUCGGAUGACAAUGGAUGAUCGGUUUAGAACCCUGAAGAAGAAGUUGGAAGAGGGAUUGGUAUUUACAGAAUAUGAGCAAAUUCCAAAGAAGAAGCCAGAUGGUGUUUUCACUACUGCCACACUCCCAGAAAAUGCUGAGCGGAGCCGAAUUCGUGAGGUGGUCCCCUAUGAGGAAAAUCGUGUUGGGCUGGUACCAACCAAAGAAAAUAGCACUGGGUAUAUCAAUGCCUCCCAUAUCAAGGUAGCUGUUGCUGGAGAACAAUGGCAUUAUAUAGCAACUCAAGGUCCUCUGCCCCAUACCUGCCAUGACUUCUGGCAGAUGGUGUGGGAGCAAGGUGUGAAUGUGAUUGCCAUGGUUACGGCAGAAGAGGAAAGCGGAAGAACCAAGAGCCAUCGGUACUGGCCCAAACUGGGUUCUAAGCACAGCUCAGCCACCUAUGGCAAGUUCAAGGUGACCACAAAGUUCCGAACUGAUUCUGGUUGCUAUGCUACCACAGGUCUGAAGGUCAAGCAUCUUUUGUCUGGGCAGGAGAGGACAGUGUGGCACUUGCAAUAUACCGACUGGCCUGAUCAUGGUUGUCCAGAGGAUGUCCAAGGCUUUUUAUCAUAUUUGGAGGAGAUACAGUCAGUGCGUCGCCAUACCAACAGCAUGCUGGAUAAUACCAAGAAUUGCAACCCUCCAAUUGUAGUUCACUGCAGUGCUGGUGUAGGGAGGACAGGGGUGGUCAUUCUCACUGAACUGAUGAUAUGCUGCUUGGAACACAAUGAAAAGGUGGAUGUGCCCAUGAUGUUGAGACACUUGAGAGAACAGAGAAUGUUCAUGAUCCAGACCAUUGCGCAAUACAAGUUUGUCUACCAGGUCCUUAUCCAGUUUCUCCAAAACUCCAGACUCAUUUAAUUUCUCAUGAGCUAUAGCUCCUUGUGGGAGUGGGUCCUACAGAAGCCUGUGGAGUGAAAAGGCCUCUAGACAACAUCUGGUGGGCCAGUAUGCUGCAGAUGGCUGGCAACGAGCACAUCCCAAUCUCGCCAAAGUUAGGAGCUCAAAGGUUCCUCAUGAGAGGAACAUGAAAGAUCCUCAUGGAUUAUUUUAUAUGAGAUAAUUUAUUUUUUCCCUUUGGAAUAACUUUUGUGAAUUUCUGUAAUAUCUUGUUGUACCAUUUAUAAUGACUCUGUGUUGAACCACAUUUUGACUGAUCUGCAUUGUUACUUCUUUGUGGGGAAGACUGCCUGCUGGGUCACCUUAGAGACUGAGGCUUAAGAUAGGAAACACAUCUUCUCAUUUGUAGUUUUCUAACAAACUUUAUAAUUCAUUAUCAGUUACAAUUGUUCAAAUAUAAAGGAGGCAAAGGAAUGAUUCCUUCACAGAAAAAGCAAGGAAAAAUCUCCCUGAGUGAUUUCAAUGAGUAUUUUUGCUUUUUAGACUGGCUGGCUACUCUCUCCUUUCCCUUCUAAUCCUCUUUCCAUUACCCUCAUUAGCCUCUCAGUUUCUGAGAUUAAGUUAGUGUUUGGGAAACCAGAAAAAAAAAAUUCUUCUUCUUGCUUUGAGCAUUGCAAACUUCCAAGCUAGAUAGAGUGCUCUUGUCUCAGCCACCCACAAUUCUGAGAUAAGUAUUCUGUGUUUCCCUCCCAGGGACUAUGUUUCUUGUAGUUGCUUCCUUUGGUGGGUUCAUUGGAUGAGCCCAGUGGCCUUUGGGGCACUCUGCCAAUCCCAUCUGUUCAGUCAGGCUGGCUGCCUGAUUGCUAUCAGCUGAUGGACCAAAGUGAAAAGGUACUUGACAUUUUUCGUUAGUGGAUAGGUGCCCGGUGGGCUAGGUGAUAGGUGCAGUUAGUCUAUCCAUCAGUCCAUCAAUAAGUUAUUGGAAAUGUUGCAAAGGAAACAGUUGGGUGAUCUGAUUUAUAGGAGCUCUUUGGCACUCAUAUAGCCAGUGUCUUGGCAGGAAACCCCCAAAAAGCUUAACUACAGUAUGUGUUACUCAUCUCUAUCUUUGAAUGACCUAUAAAGACAAAAGCCAGGACUAUCAAUAACCUAAGAGCUGAUCCAGGUCCAUUGCUUGUUCCUUUCUUGGUGGUCAUAUCCAUUAAUUCUUCUACUGAAAUACUUUAAUUUUUAUAUACUCAGCACAGGCUAGUUCCACUACCACCCCUGUCUUGAGAUCUCUUUGGCAUUCUGUCUUAUCAGUUGUACCAUCAGUACCCUUAUAAUUUUCUUGCAUUGGUAUAUUGUGUUUCAUCUUGUUUACUCCUGGCAUGGAUUUAAUUCAGUGCUUGAUUAGACUUGUCUUUGAUUCUCCAAUUCUUUUAGGAGACAGCCAUAUUGCAGUGCCUUUACCAAAAAAAAAAAAAAAUUGUGAGUCCUUAAUUGGUAUUGGUAUUGUGCUGAUGUUGGUAUUCUUUUUUAUUAUGUGCACUCAUUGUUCCUUACUGUGUAUCUUUGCCUGGUUUGAAAGUGAACAGAAGGAAUAGCCCCAGAACAGUGAGAAGUAUGAUCAUGUUUAUGAAUUCAUUGUUGUGUGGUAGGAGCUAUAAGUAGACCCUUAUAAGUAGAUCAGAAUGGGAAUUGCUGUUCUCAUCUAUACAGCACUUUGCAUCUGACCACAUAUGUCAAUUCACUUUAUUUCAUUUCAUUCUAUUAAUUUGUAAAUUAAAAAAAAUGUGGAGUUACAAAACUCUCCUCUCUCCAAAAGGACUGUGGGUUACUGUAAAGUGUAGCUUCAUGUAAGCUUUGCCAGAUUCUGGGAGUCUUAGCACAUGUGUUCCAAAAUCAAAGCCAUAAGUAUCAGUAGUAGAGGAAAAAGCACACUUUAGUUUUUUGGAUUGGACGAGGGUUUAGAACUAGAUGCUCUAUUUAAUUGAAGGUUUUGCUUUUUUUUUUUUUUUUAUUACAUUAUUUCAAUGUAUGAUGAUGAGAAUUUUUUUUAUUUGUUUGGUUCCUAAACUGAAGAACAUCCAGCACUUGUUUACAUGAGGUCUCAAAUGGGUGCUUUUUUCCCCUUCAAAAUUAGGUGCAUUCUCAUGAGUUUCACUUAAAUUAGUCCAUUGGAGCCACAUUGAACUCUGUUAAUAGUCUUCAGUGCACCAAAUGGAAGGGAAAGAGAGAUAAUCACAAACUUUGUGGGUGGUGUUUACAUCAAAUAUUAAAUAAACCCAAAGGAAUGCCUUUUAUUAAAAAUACUGUAGAUUUUGUACAUUUUUUAAAAAAUGCUUUUGGUCCUUGAGCACAUUUUGCUUUUCUUUUCAGCUUUCCAGCAAAUGCCAACACAUCUCUUGUUAAAUUAGUGGCAACCGUUUAAAGUCCUUUUUGUGGCAUCUGCAUAAUAAUUGCCCAGAGAUGCUUUAUAUCUGGGAAACAGGCCAAGGAAUAAACCUUGAAGCAAAAUGUAUUAAAUUAGUUAUCUAGUUAGAGCUUUUGGAAUAAUUUCCUGAUGAUGUAUCAAGUUUGAACCUCGAGCUGUCGAGUUCCAUUGCUGCAGUUUGGAUUUGAGAGGGAGUGAAUUAAAUGAGGAGUGGGCGGUGGUGGACAUUAGUCUCCCAAUUCAGAGCUCUCUGGUAGAAAUGUUUGUUUCUUCUGCAAAAGCCUUACUUGUUCAGACAGAUUUAAAUGAAACAACAAGAUCCAUGAUACCCAUAUUGGAAAUGGAAAAUUUAACUAGGCAGUGAUAUAGAUUUAUGUGUACAGUGUAUAAUCAUUGUGUGGAAGGGAGAAUGUUAGUUAUCAUCUAUCCCAUAUACAUCCUUAGUAGAUAGUAGGCUCCCUGAGAAAAUAAAGGGGAAGUGAGAUAACUGAUGAGUAGUUAUGCUCAGAUACUCCCACGACCUCUUUCCUUUUCUCAGUUUUUUGCUUUCAUUAUAUCUGACUAUUUUUGACUUUUGCAGCUUUUUUUCUUCCUCUGUUUAGAAGCCUGGUGUUGCAUAUAGAUGUCAAUAGGGUCUAGAGAAAGAGUGAACUCAUUGUUAUCUUGUAACUGCCACUGUUGAGUUUCCUGGGCCACAUUUACUAUCGAAUUGAUUAAAUUUCUGAAAGCAGAUCUCCUGCCCAAGAGGGAGGCACUGAAAGAGUCACGUUCUAUUCUUUUUUUCAUAGUACUCUAUGUGUAAAGCUGUAAUUUUAAGAAGUAGUGCCUUAAUUUUUGCCCAAAGUUUGAGUUAAAGUAAUUGCCUUAUAUCUUGAUAUAGCCUUAAUUUUUCAAAAUUGCCUUCCAGUCCAGUAUUCUUAUCAACACAGGGUCUUUAAACAGAGCCAGAGUAGGUGACUUGACUUUAUAUCACAUCCUUAUUCAUUCAGAUCAUGUAACUUCUUGGAAAUAAACUGUGUAACCAUUUUUUUCCCUGCAUUUUAUAAGUUUUUGAAACAGUGCUUGGCUCAUAGUAAGUGCUUAAUAAAUGCUGGUUGACUGAUGUGUGAAAUUCUAAAACUUCCUCAAGGAAAAUCAGGGAAGAGAAGAUUUUCAGAACAAGGGAAUAACCAAAGAGGAAGAAUAGUGAUCCAUUUAACAUGUAGCUAUUAAGUUCUGACUGUGUAGGCACUGGGGCCACAAAGACAAAGAAUGUAAUAGUUAUUGUCCUCAGGGAACUUAUAGUAUAUACAAAUUGUAGCACAAGUUGUAUGAAUUACUUUCCACUCAUUCACAAUCAUAUGGCACCAUGUUCCUUGUUGCUGGGCAAGUACUUGUGGAAUGAAUGAAGUUCGCUUAGCUUAGAAUGUGUUCUAGUUCUAGUUAAGAUGUGUUCUAGUUCUGACAAUUCUUUGAGUCUACCAGACCUUAGCAUCCUCCCAGUUUUUACAGUUUAUUAAUAAUUAUUCUUGGUCAAGUCAUUUAAAUACACUUUGCCAUGCUGAUCAUGAACCCUAGCCAGUCAGGUUAAGGGGUAAGUAGUAGUAUUCUUUACAACUCAUGACAAGACUUACGUGGAAAUUGAUCAUUGUUCUAUUAAAAUUUCAUAGAAAUUUCAAAGGAAAUGUCAUAUUUAACUAAUUUGUGUGUGUUUGUAGACUGAAGUUUAUAUGUUUGCUUGGAUUUUUAUCCAUAUUAGGGCAGAAAGUACAUUAUGUAAACACAUAAAAUUGCUGGGAAUCCAGAUCUUCAAUGUUUUCUGUGACAAUGAUCAGCAUCACACUAUUUUACCAUGCUACUGGGUAUAAGUUAUAGAAUUGGCCCCUGAUCAAAGAAGAUCAGGUAGACAACAAAAUACUUCAUCAUGGACUCUGUUCAAUAUUUUCCACUUAGCACAUUUGAUAGUAACAGAAAGGAAUGAGAUUUGGAUCAAACUUCACUUUUUUCACUUACAGAAUCUUCAUGAAAGGCAGUCCUCUUUUUGCCCAAAUGUGAAAUGCUUCUACCAGAGUCCUUUGAUUUUUUUUUUCCUCUGAAAAAUGAGAUAAUGACUAUAGCUAACCUCUGAGAUACUUUUUCUAUGAGUCAACUCCAGCUUCUUCUUCUGUCUUAUUGAAUAGCCCUUACCCAAUAGUGGUUGACUCUGAUGGUUUCUAGCAUUUCAUUAAAAGAUUGCCUAAUCUUUACUUACCCUUUAUUGUGGCUUCUUUUGUUUCUUGGACUUCACAGACAUAAUAGCACAGUUAGGCUCAGUGAUGACUUUAAAAAAAUCUGGACCGUAUUUUGUUGGAGGAAGGAGGAAGUAAGGGGAGGAUAAUGGACCAGUGAUUUAAUUUCAUGAAACUGUAGAAACUCCUUCACCAUGCAAUCUGCAACUCAGAUGUUACUUUGAAUUACAGACUUGCUGGGGAUCAAUGAGCGUAAGUCUAGAUACAGCUACUUUACAGUAGAGACAGAACUUCAACUCGGGUCUUCUUGACUUCAAUUCUGGUUAUCCAGCUUUAUCUCCACUGCCUUUUAAACUUUUCUUAGGUCAUGACUUUAGAUAUUUCCAAAAUUUAGUGUUUUUCAUUUCUUUUUUGAUGCUGUAUUUCCUUGAGAUGGGUAUGUGAUCAUCAUCAUCAUCAUCAUCAUCUUAUUCAUAUUUUCCUUUCAAUAGCCCUGUGAGUUAAGUAGUGUAAGCAUUAUUAUUCCCAUUUUGCAGAUGAUGAAACCAAAGCACAAUUCAAACUAAUUCAGUAAGCAUUUAUUAAUUGCAGGGUGAGAAACAUCAUGGAGUACUGAAUAAAAUUCAUCUGAGUCCACAAAAUCCUAGUUCAGGUCCCCUCUCUGACAUAUCAUGGCUUUGUGACCCUAGGCAAAGUGUCUAAUCUCUUAGUGCCCCCAGACAACUUUUUAUGACAAUAGGCUGCAGGAUGAUUAUUUAUAUUCACUGGGAUGAGAAGGGGGUUUCUUUAUUGGGAUUUUUCUGCACCAUUUAAAUUAUGGCUCCAGCCCAAAAAAAAAAAAAAAAUUGUAAGCAUUGUGAUUAGAUUAGGUUAAAAGUGCCAUACAGGCAUACGGAUGCAUCCUAUAACUCUUAGAGGCCUGGAUCCAUACUCAGCCUUCUGUAGUUUAAAAUCUAGUCUUCAUUCCAUGGUUUUGUGUUGCUCCCUUGAAUCAUCAAUUCUCUAAAUUAGUGGUAGUGAUCAGUGAGAUGUAGUUAUAGAUCAGUACUCACUACAAUAAACUCUAUGGAUGGAUAGUCUGUAUGUUUUUAUUAUAGUGUGACUAUUGUUCCAUGAAGGCAUCUCUUAGAACAUGGAAGUUUUAUAUGGAGAGGGUCUUGCGGUAAUCAUGAUUAUUCAAGCAAGGUCUUGUACUUCAGUGGGCAGGCCUUGCCCUCUCCUGAAAUGCAAUCCUGACCACCUAACCUCAACAAAUGGAAGGAUCCUGACGGUCCCCUAGCCAGAAAAAGAGAAUUUGCCUUUUGAUCUGGUUCUUUGAUAUGGUUGCUAGGAAAAGCAGGUGUAACCAUUUACAUUCUCUUUACAGAGAAACAAAAAUCUUUUUCAGGGCAUGCUAGGACCAGUCUGUGUUAGGGAGGCUCCUGUUGUGGAAGAGGAGUGGUUCAUUCUGCUUGGAGAAUGUUGUUCUCGGCCCCAUUUUGGUGUCACUCAAGCAUUUCUCAGCGCCAAUGAAUUCCUUCCUGGGGUGGUAAAGAUUAGAAGGGCAACAUGGGCAUUUGGAAUAGCAAUCUGGUUGUCUUUUGUGAGAUACCAAGCCACAUUGGGCCUUCUUGGGGUCUCUGUAGGGUCUUGGAUAGUGACUCCAGCAGUACUUUUAAUGGAUUUUGUUAAGUACAAAUUGCCUUCAUUUUUCAAAUUUUUUUUCUGAAUUAGCACUAAACAAGUCAUUGAUAACAAAGGAAAGAAAAUUUGGGCAUAUUCUGGAUUCUAGUAAAUUUGGUAAUGCAGUAAACUCUCAAGUUUACUUAAGUUAAUGGGAAUAAUUUAUCUUGAUGAGCAAAAGUGAUUAGUCCUUCUAAGGUGUUUUGUUUUUUUCUGACUUUCAGGUUGACAUUUCACUAGUAGCAUUUUAAGAUAUAUCAAAACAUUAUUUGUUGAAUUUUGCCCCACUCUUUGUUAAGAGGCCUAGUGAUGCUCCUGUAGAAAGAAACAUGAUUGUGCCUUGAGUCAAAUGGGAGAGUGCGAUGUUUUCUGAAAAAUGAGUAAGAAAAACACUGAUUUUAUAACAACAGCAACACUUCUAUGGUGCUUUAACAAUUUGCAAAAUACUUUUUACAUAUCCUAUCUCAUUUUGUUAACAUUUUGCAAAAUACUUUUUAUAUAUCCUAUCUCAUUUUGUCUUUAUGACAGCAUUGGGGUCUAAGUGUUGUUAUAAGGUUAAAAAGCAGGCAAUGCUUUUUAACGAAAUUCAUCUUCUUGUUGAAGAUCAAAUGUUAAGCAAAUCCAGAAUUAACACCUAGAACCAAAUACUCCUUCCCCAGUUAGAGUUUUUCUUCACGUUAGAGAAAUUUCCUGGACUUUUGCAUUGAGCAUUAAGCAUAGUUCUCUCUGCUUCCGUUUCCUCAGAUGAGGGGCUUUUUUGUCGUUUGAAGAAGGAAGCAUGAGCAUCCAUCCCACAUAGUUUGAAAUGUCAGUUAACCCAGUUACUUGAAAAAUAAAUUCUAGAUUGCUUCCUUACAUCAUUUGAAGGCCAGAACUGGUCUGUAACUGUCCCUGUUUCAUUUUGAAUGUGUGGUUUUUUGUUUGUUUGUUUUGUUUUUGGAUGCAAAUGAAAAGCCAUGGCUGAUCCUGCUUCAGUCUACCAAAAUCAUAUUUUCAAAACUUGUUUUGUAAAUUUUCCAGUGUAAGUUUAUGUGUUUACUUUAAGGUAGAGAGACUGGGAAGGUGGAGAAGCAGUGUCUAAAUAGUUUUCAUAGUAUUCGUUUAUUUUCACAUGUUUUUGAUGUCACUCGAAUGUUCAUUCCUUAGCUGAUUGCACACUUCCCAGUGAGAAAAUAAGUGCUCUUUAGGCAAGGACUAUUGGGAGCUGAGAAAAUUGUAUCUCUCUAUUGGCAUCUGUUUUCAUUUUUUUAGUAAUUCUUUGACUCGGUAUUUAUGUGAAGUAGACAUUUAAAUAAGAUAGACUCCCAGAUUGUUUAGUUCAAACCCAUAGUGGGUUUCUAAGUUUAAAUUAUUCUGUUUGUCUUUCUACAUUGAUCAGUUGUACCAAGAGCACUCUCUACUUUGUUUUGUACUAUGGAAAUAUGAUUUUAUUUGCUCAAAAUACUGUGGACUAUACCUAUUUGUAGGUGAGUGCCUCACAGUAUUAAUAAUUAGAUUUCAUAAGCUUAGACUUUUUUUUUAUCCCUAGGAUCAUUAAAGUAUAGCCACUGUCAUACCCUUUGAAUAAAAACUAUUUUUUACUAGAAAAUAUAAAACGUAAACAAUGAUUUGCUGAAUACAGUGACCAAAUGGACAGAUUGUCUUAAAUAAGUUGGGGGAGUGGAAAAGAUAGGCAGAAAUUCUAUAUCAUCAUCAUCAUCAUCAUCACCACCACUGCCACCACUACAUGAAAUAACCAUAAUUUCAUUGAGUGCUGUAGAAAUCAUCCUUUAAUUGUUUAAGCCUAACACACUGUAGCUUUAAUUCAUGAAAGCUUGCCUAUUUGACUCAAUAAUUUCAAAAUAGUGCAUUUUGUUAGUAGGAAAAUAGUCAUCUAAAAUCUUUAAUGUGUUUCUACUCAUUGACUGACUAGCUGAAGGAAAUUUUAUUUUUAAUAGACAAAUCAAUCUAGUUUCAAGGGAUAGCCCAGAUUUAUACGGUCUCCCAAAUAAAGUCUUGCUUUUUACAACGGCCAUGGUAGAAAUAUAUAGAUAACUGAUAGGACUUAGUCAUAUAUCAGGAACUGAAGUUACUCUUUUGUUUUCCUGUUGAUGAUGAUCAGUGACUGAUUGCUUAAGUUCUAUUCACUAUCUGACAACCUAGAAAAAAUAUUGCCCCAGUUUGGUACUGCUAUUUAGGAAAUAUUUUGUGAUAAUUAGUCAAAGACUGACUUUUCAUAGAAUCAACGUGGUAAUGACCAAGACUGUGACAUUUAUAAUUGGAAACAGAACCUUUGGAAACUAAUUUCUAAUCUCCAUGUGCUAAAAAUACACAUUUGCUUUUAAAGAUUCUUUGCAGAGAUAACUUUUUUUUUCAGCCAUGAACUUGAAUGAGUUCUAGGUCCAUCAAGACUAUCAAACCUUAACCAGGUUGAAGUUGGUCAACUCAAAGUAAUUUGGGAAAGAUGGUCAAAGAGUCUGGCUAUUUAAUCAGGACUUACCAGUUCCUGUGAUGUCCCUUUCCCCUUACUCAUGUAGUGAAAUACAAAUUGUUAUCCUAGAUAAAUUUUGAUAAAAAGUUGAGAGGAAGAAGCCAGAAUGUUUGGUUCGGUUUGUUUCCUUGACCAUCGCACUCAAGACCUUUGAUACAUGAGUGUGAUGUGUCAUCCAUCAAAGGUGGAAGCACUGUGAGUUAAUAAUCUCUCCAGGAGCAACAAGGUUGUAUCAGUAUUUUUAGGGCUGUAUUUUCUCUCCUCCUUUCCUUUCUUUCUUCCUUAGUCUUACCCAACUGGCUGAAGUCAUAGAAACCUUCCAAACCUUCUACAAAGUUAUUAAUAUAACUCAUCAAAACAACUUGUUUCCCUAUCUAGACAAGGAAAUCACUCCUGUAACCUACCUUUUACCUUGCCACUCUCUGUAGUCUUACAUAUCUAAGUAAACCUCACAUUUUGAUUAUAGGAGUAAUCCUCAUUGGGGUGGACGCCCUAUGGGCAAGCUUUGCUUCUUGAAUAGCAAAAUUAUUAGGUGGUUGAAUACUUUGAAAGGAAAAAAAGUUUACACAUGCAGAUGACUAUUAACUCUGUAACUGUAUGUAAUUUGUAUUAUACCAGAUAACUUGCUGUUAGCUUUAUAUCACUGGAUUUUAUUGUCCUGUUUUAACUUUAGUAGUACUCAAAUGUUUCCAUCGGUCUAUGUUUAUAUCAAACACUGUAACAAAGUAGAAUAAUUCAAGGCGAAUGGUGAUUUAAAUAGUAUUUUGUCUUGAUACUAUGUACAGGUAGUUCCUAGCUGACAAACAGUUCUUAAAAUUCAUUUGUAAGUGGGUUGUUUGGAAUUCAAAGCACAUUUUGCUUUGCUUGUCAGACCACAGCACCUUAUUUGACCCAUGAUAUAAGUGAAAAACAGUACUGUUAGAGUUACAUUGAAGAGGCCUGGGAAAUAUUACUCUUCCUACUGGAGACAGUGAAUUUGGAAUGUUGAGUACAUGGCUUUGACUCAUUUCCAUCCCUUCCACUGUCAGCAAUGACUACUUUCUAUCCAGUAAGAAAUGAGUCUUCCUUAGCAAUAGCCACUGCUCAUAUGGCAAGAGAGGAACAUGAUAACUAUGGAAAUAAGUACUUCAAGGUUUACAAAGUGCUUUUCUUAUAAUAACCUUAGGAGGUAGAUAGUGUGGGCAUUUUUAAUUUUUUUACUUCCAUUGUUAAAGCUGGAACAUAAAACAAAGCAUUCUGAGGAAAUAUAGUGGAAAGGAGUGGAUUUAAUCAGAAAAACGGAUUUCAAAUCCUGAUUCGGCCACUUAUUAAAUGUUAGCUUUACCACAUUGCUCCUUUGCACCCCAUCUCCUCAUUUAUAAAAUGAAAGUAACAGGGUGUCCUGCCUAUCUUCCAUAGUUGGUGUGAAGGUUAUGUGAAGGCACCUUGAGAAUCACACAGGUUACAGGUGUCUGUUCUUAUUGUGAUUAUCAUUGGAAAUGAUUCUUGUUCUCUUGGUAUUGAGAUCUCCCCCCACUCCUGCACAUAUUCAGCUUGCUGAGAGGCUGGCCAGCUAUCUGUAUAUACAUUUAUGUCAGGGAUUGUCAGCUUAUGUAUAGAGGUCAUUAUUAAUUUGGUAUGACAUCCAAAAGAUGUCAUACCAGGUUUAUAACGUUGAAAGCCUUUAAAUGAAACAAAAACUAUGCAUGCUCUUGUGGUAUUCAUCAGUAAAUAAGCUUAUGCUUGCCAGUUUUAUCUUGUGUAUAAAACUGACUAUUUUUGACAGUAUUUUUUGCACUGUUUCCUUUUUUUCUGUUUUUAUAAAGUUCUGUUAAGCCUUAGUAACCUACGAUAAUAUUUUACGGUGCUCACUGCUUUGUUGUAAAUAGUUUCCUAUAUGCUUUUUCCAAAUGUGAGACUCUUUAUAUUCAUGGUUUGUUUAUUUGUUUUGGAAAAGAUGUCUAUCCUUCAUAUUCAUAUGUAAUAAACCCUUUUUCAAAGAA